UACCCGGUUAGUUGAGGAUGUGGAGCUGAUGACUUGUACAUCAUACUUGUGUUCUAGCUACAAUACCAGACGGUUUUACUGCCUCGACAAGUACAUUCUAGUCCUUUGUCGGUUAAGAAUCCUGAGAUUUAGCUAAUAGAGAAUCUCCGUUCAGCCUCUUCUGUUGGUGCGCUGUGCGCAUCAUUUCGGCACUGAAUACAGUGGGCAUCUCCCACUCUUUAGUAGAGACAUAGAGACAUUCAUCUUCUGAACAGCCUCGGUAGCUCGUCACUUACCACUUCAUCACCGUACAGAUUUGGAUAUGCACAGAUUACAGUCCCUUGCCAAUCGGUCGUUGAUAUCUGGAGCGUUUGACCAAUGUCCCGCUUUACCGCGGACAUCCGUGAAGACAUCACCGAAGAAAUCACCAUGUCGCGUCGGUGUACGACGCAAAUCUCAAGAAGCAUCUAUAGACGGUCCUUAUGGACUAAAGCGUUAUAGCACGUCUGAAGCAACUGUGGCAGCAACUGUGGGCAAUGGUCAAAUCCGAGAAAAGACGCUAACAAUGGAGACGCUGAACCCGCAGGUUAAAGCAGUGGAGUAUGCAGUAAGAGGACCCAUCGUCAUUAAAGCCGGGGAGAUCGAAAGAUACUUGCAAGAGGGGGGCAAGAAACCCUUCACUGAGGUCAUCAAAGCCAACAUUGGGGAUGCACAUGCCAUGGGACAACAGCCAAUCACAUUCCUCAGACAGGUAGUGGCUCUUUGCACCUUCCCUGAGCUCCUGGACAGUCCCAGUUUCCCCAAGGAUGCAAAGUGGCGAGCACGGCGAAUCCUGCAGAGCUGCGGAGGACAAAGCAUCGGGUCAUACAGUGCCAGUAAAGGGGUGGACUGCAUCCGCCAGGACAUCGCUGCCUACAUCGAGCAGAGAGACCAAGGGGUGCCAGCAAACUGGGAAAACAUCUUUCUCACCACUGGGGCCAGCGAUGGCAUUGUGAGCAUCCUUCGACUCCUGGUGUCAGGCCAGGCUCAUGCACGCACAGGUGUGAUGAUCCCUAUCCCCCAGUACCCACUCUACUCAGCUGCCAUCGCAGAGAUGGACGCUGUGCAGGUCAACUACUACCUGGACGAGGACAACUGCUGGGCCUUGGAUGUGCACGAGCUGCACAGAGCGUACCAGACUGCCAAGGAGCACUGCCAGCCCCGGGUCCUCUGCAUCAUCAACCCUGGAAACCCCACAGGUCAAGUCCAGAGCAAGAAGUGCAUCAAGGACGUCUUGCACUUCGCCUACGAGGAGAAUCUCUUUGUCAUGGCUGACGAGGUGUAUCAGGAUAAUGUGUACGCCCCGGACUGCCAGUUCCACUCGUUUAAGAAGGUGCUGUAUGAGAUGGGGCCGGAAUACUUUAACAGUGUGGAGCUGGCUUCUUUCCAUUCCUCGUCCAAAGGCUACACAGGAGAGUGUGGGUUCAGAGGAGGCUUCAUGGAGAUCGUUAACCUUGAUCCGGAGGUCAAGUCCCAACUGGUGAAAAUGCUGUCAGUGAGACUCUGUCCACCGGUGACCGGCCAAGCUGCCAUGGAUGUGAUCGUGAACCCUCCACAGCCUGACGAACCCUCUCACGGCCAGUUCUACAAGGAGAAGGGCCUCGUGCUGGGAGCACUUGCAGAUAAAGCCAAGCUGACGGAGCACAUCCUCAACGCUGUGCCUGGGAUCAAAUGCAACCCAGUGCAGGGCGCCAUGUACGCCUUCCCCCGCAUCUUCAUCCCGCCCAGAGCAGUGGAGGAGGCGCAAGCCCUCGGAAUGCAGCCGGACAUGAUGUACUGCCUUCGGCUCCUGGAGGAGACUGGUAUCUGCGUAGUCCCGGGCAGUGGCUUCGGCCAGAGGGAGGGCAGCUACCAUUUCAGAAUGACCAUCCUGCCCUCUGCUGAGAAGCUGAAGGUUCUGCUGGAGAAAGUGCACGAUUUUCAUAUCAAGUUCCUGAACGAGUACUCGGCCCUGGAUGAGGCACAGCGCAGCGUGUCUUGAGCAGCGCGGGAUAUGCUAAUGCACGGUGGCUGCUACCAAACCUGCUGCUUACUUAACACACUAAUCUUGAAGUAACAGUAGUGUUAAGUAACUUUUUUUCUUUUUCUAGAAAACUAAUUUAACAGUGAGAAGCGGGCAUGAAAGGGACUGCUAUCUAGUUUACUGAAUUCUGCAGCUGUUUUCUUUGGUGCCUUUGUGAUAUCAUAAAAAGGGCAGGUUCCAUUUCAGACUUUUUUCUAGGACACUAAGCCAUUAUAGUAGGAAUGAUCCAGAGCUACUCAUCAGAGAGAGUCCUUGGGUCUCAGUAUUCCAUUUUUAUUCCACUACUGCAUUUUGUUAAUUUUAAUUCAUGGUUUUAAAUCAAGGAUGGCAUGCUGCAUGUGUAUACAUGUUUAUGCAGGCCCUCACCUCAUGCAGUCACACAAUCAUGUGCACAAACUAAGAACCCAGUUAUGAAACUGACCCAAAUUAACAGACCCUAAUGGAGAAUGGACCUAAAUGGAGAAUGGUGCUUUAAAAAAAACAACAAAAAAAAACAACAACUUUCAGAGCUUAUUUGAGUUAUUUAAAAUCUUGCACUUGACAUGACCUUUGUUCUCGCAGUAGACAGCAGUAUGUUUGGGUAAUACACACUGGGACUUGUAAAUUCUGAGGCUUUUCCAUAAAGAAUAUAAGCUGAAUAUAUGAAAAAAAAAUAUAUAUAUAUUUUUUGAGUUCUUAGCAAACUAAUUUGGGUGGAGAAAGUUGUCUUGGACAGCAUUUCUGCUGUAUGCAAUUUUUCAUGUUGUCUCCCAUCUCACAGCAUUAGGGAUUCAUAUCAAUAACAUGCACUCAGUACAGUUGACCAGUUAUGGUAUUGUGCCAUUAACAAAGACAACCCCAUCCCAUUCAGCAUUUCAUUUGUUUCAUUGCUGUUUCAUAAUGUUACUUGGUGUCCAUUUGCUUUUUCAUCAUUAGCAUUCUUGUUCUCUACUAAGGAUAAUAAUUCAUACCCUAUUCAUUGCUAAAAUUCUAGCAUCAAGGCUCACUGGGAGAGAAAAUUACAAUGAAGGAGGUGUGACAAUUGUCCCACAGCUGCCAACCAUGGUAUUCUACUCUGCAUCACACACAAGAAUGUAUUCAUUUGAAGAAGUCUUAUUUGAAGAAUUUUAUCAUGGGAUUUGAUUUGAAGUGACAUAAAAAUCUCUCACAUGUAUUAACUGGGCAUCACAUAGGUCUACUUGAAUGGAAUUUUAUGAAUUUUGGUUUCUCAGCUGGCUGAGAGAAAGAUAUUUCUACUGGAAGGGCUUGAUUCUUACAUUGUUCACCUUACAUAAGCCUGGUUUGUGAAACCAACCUGUUUCAUCAGUCAAUAGUUUCCUUCAAUCACUAGCCCACAGCCUAGCUAAUUUUGUGUCAAAUUAUACAGGCUCUUUUCUGUUACUGAUCUUGGCCCUGUAUCCUGUAUCAUUAUAAUUUUAAUAUCUUAAAUGAGGUAGAGUGUGUUGUGUGUAAUACUAACUCUACCAUUUAAAGAUGGUAUCUGUCAUUCUCUUUUAUGCUGUUUUUGUAUUCGCCUCAGAAGGAGAAACUUGGCAAAUUUGCAAAAAUAAAUUAGAACUUGAAUUCAGUA